CGGAAGAGCCUGGCCCGCAGCUGGAGGCUACACGUGGUUCCAGGCGCUGAGGAUGGAGGCGGUAGCUGGGAGCGGGGCGUAUGGGGGGUCAGCCGGGGGAGGGAAGAAGAAGAAGAUGACGAAGAAGCUGCAGCGCUACUGGGACGGGGCCCCCCCGCCAGACACCCCCGCAGAUGCCCCCUCCAAGGCCAAGAGGCGCCGCAAUGAGAAGACUAGGCCACGGGCUGGGGCAGAGGGGAGCCUGCAGGCCAGGAAGGUGCUGCAGGUGUCAGAGGCCACAGGCCAGAUCUCUGGGAAGAGGGACCCAUUCCCUGGCGCCGCCCCCCUCCCUCACCACAAGGUGAAGAAAUUCCAGCGGGGCCAGAAAUCGCAGCUGGCAGGGGCAUCCAGCCAGCGGCUCCGGGACCAUCUGGCCUUGCUGGAGCAGAAAGUGGAGCUGGCAGUGCAGCAGGCAGCGCGCAUGGAGCUGCUGCUGCCCGAGGAGCCAGGGUUCCUGGAGGGGGACCCCGGUGAGGACACCUGCACCAUCGCCCAGGCUGACAUCGCCGAGGCCGCCGACAUCACUAGCGCCACCAAGGGUCAUCCCUAG